CAUGCUCAGUAGCAGCUGUUUUGUUUACAUCAUACAGUUCUUGCUUGAGAGAACCGAGGACCGUCUGACAGCGUCCCGAACCAGCAGCUUAACUUACCUCUCCGGGUAAAUUAUGUCUGUGAAACACGCCAUUAGCCGGGGGCUCGAGUUGGGCCGGUCGGUCUUUCAGCUGGGUCUCCUCAAAUCCGGUGGCCGAGUCGUAGCAAAGCUCCGAGCUGACCGUCUGCGUGUAGGCCCGUCGGUCCGCACCGUUCAGCCUCAGGCUUUCCUGCCGUCUCGGUACCGCUACUACCGCACCUCUCUGAAGGGCCUGGCAGCCCAGCUUCAGUCCGCCGGCUUCAGGAGAAGGUUCGGCGGCGGGUCCCCCCGGAACAGGGCCGUGUUUCUGGCUUUCGGUCUCGGCGUGGGGCUCAUCGAACAGCAGCUGGAAGACGACAGAAAGAGCGCCGCGACCUGUCAGGAGAUCCAGGCUGUGUUUCGCAAGAAAAGAUUCCAGAGCCCUCUCAAGCCGUUCACGUCUGGAUAUAAACUGGAGGAUUACAUUAUUGGGAAUCAGAUCGGGAAAGGCUCCAAUGCUGCCGUGUACGAGGCCGCGGCUCCGUUCGCCCCGCCGACGGAGAGCAAGAGCUCCCUGGUGGAGCUGAGAGAAGAUGAAGAGGAAGUGGGAACUGCUCGAUCUCUGACGUGCUGCUCGCUUAAAACCUUCCCCCUGGCUAUCAAGAUGAUGUGGAACUUCGGGGCAGGGUCGUCGAGCGAGUCGAUUUUAAAAUCCAUGUCGCAGGAGCUGGUGCCUGCGGGUCCUCUGGCCUUAAAGCAGGAAAAGGAACAAAUCACUCUGGAUGGAGAAUUUGGAGUUCUGCCCAGAAGAGUGUCUGCGCACCCUAACGUGAUCCGAGUGCACCGGGCCUUCACAGCGGACGUCCCGCUGCUGCCAGGUGCCCAGGAAGAGUAUCCAGACGUACUGCCAGCCAGGCUUAACCCCACUGGUCUGGGCAACAAUCGCACUCUUUUCCUGGUCAUGAAAAACUACCCCUGCACGCUGCGUCAGUACCUGCAAGCAUCCACGCCAGGCUGCAGGCUGGGCUCUCUGAUGGUGCUGCAGCUCCUCGAGGGGGUCGACCAUCUGUGCAGACAGGGCGUCGCUCACAGGGAUCUCAAAUCAGACAACGUGCUGAUGGAGUUUGACUCCGAUGGUUGCCCUCGUUUGAUUAUCACUGACUUUGGCUGCUGCCUGGCGCAGACUGACUCCAGUCUGCAGUUGCCCUUCAACAGCAUGUGGGUCAACAGAGGAGGGAAUGCCUCCCUCAUGGCCCCUGAGGUGACCACUGCAGUUCCAGGGGAUGGUGUGGUGAUCGACUACAGUAAGGCGGAUGCCUGGGCCGUGGGAGCCAUCUCCUAUGAGAUAUUCGGCCAGCAGAACCCGUUCUAUCAUGCAGUGGGGCUGGAGAGCAGGAGUUACCAGGAGAAGCAGCUUCCUCCUCUGGCCUCCAGCGUUCCAGCCGAUGUGCAGCUGGUGAUCCGAUUGCUCCUCAGGAGGAACCCAAGCAAGCGCCCCAGCGCCCGUGUGGCUGCUAACAUGCUACAUCUCAGCCUCUGGGGACGGAAGGCCCUGGCCAAUCAGGACAGCGUCGGCAUGAGGAAGCUGGUGGAUUGGCUGCUGUGCCAGUCGGCUGUGGUUCUCCUGAGGGGCUGCAGCGGACCCAGUGGGAACACGGUGGAGGCGGAACUUCAGAGGAGCUUCCUGUCUAACCUGGACCUGGAGGAUCUGCGCACCGCCGUGGGCUUCCUCCUGUAUGGGCGAGAGCAGCGUCAGGCCUGCAUCCUGUCUGCAUAGAUCCAUGAUACAUAGUUUAAGAGUCACUGUUAUGGAUAAACUAGGAUCCUAGAGUUAAUUCAUGUUUUUCGUAUUUAUAGUCACUACAUCAUCUGUGACCAUCAGUGUUUUCCAGCAGUUAUGGUUAAUGAUUUAAUGGUGUGAUUCACUUUUUUAGACCCUCUUUAACCAGUCCUGUCCAUUGCUGUUGAAAUUGCUGACCUGCAUUUCCUAGAAUCUGUUUUCACAAACUCAGCGUCACUACGUUGUCAGCAGGGGUGAAAGCAAAAUGCUACCGGUGGCAUUUUAUGCAAAAUGUGACGGGUCUUGUAGGAGCAUUGCAUCGUGGACUAUUGAGGCUACUGUUGGUGGAGAAAAAGUUUUGGUAUCUGUGUUUUCUAUAAUCAAUUCAUCCUUAAAUGACUGUUGUUCAUCAGCACAAUACAGCUAAAUUGGCCUAGAAAAUGGAUUUAUGGUGACGAGCUACUGGUGUUUCUGUAUUAACAGCAGAUUCUUCCUUUAAGAAGCUCUGAUGCACUUUUUAGAUACUUGCUAGUUAAGACCCCACACUCACAUAGUAGUUUGUUCUAAGUUGAUUAAAAAAUGGUCUGUGUAGAAGUUUUGGAGGUGUGGAGGCCAACAAAAAUAUAUUUUACAUUAGAGAAUUAAUGACACACUGCACUUGUCAGAGCCUACUGUGUAGGGCGACGUUAGGUUACAUAUUCACAGACGGCAUCCAGACUUUCAGACUUUUUAAAGUUUAACUUCGUCCAUCAGUUUGUCAUCAUAAAACAGCUUGUAAAACCUCUCCAACAUGUUACCACACAGUUAUCACAACGAUGAUGGUAGAUAUGGAUCAUGCAGAUUAUUGACCGACCUCGAGGAUGUGAUUGUUUUGAUAUUGUUGCUACAGUUUGCACUUUAUGUCCAUGUUUGCACUUGCACAAAGCCAUUGUUAUGGCUGACUGGUGUUUUGUUGCCAGCUUAGCGAAAUCAUGGUUGAUUAUUUAAGAAAAACGACGCCAAAUCCAUGAUUUGAAUAGAGUGACUUCACACUAUAAUCUGUUAUCCAAACUAGUGAUGUUUCAGCCUACAAUGUUGGCAUCAUAACAUAAAUAAAAUAAAUAUCUUAAUCAUGUGGGUGGUUAAGUAUUCGGGAUAUACAGGUGUGUGUGUUUUCAUACUGAAGAUGGUGAGAAAUAUUUUGGAUAUAGAUUUUUCUGCUGUGUUUCAGAAUAAAAGUGUGUCUGAAAAGAGCUCAAAAA